AUGUCACCAGCCUGCAGACCAGGUGUUAACGGGGCCUUGCUGUGCAUCGUCCUUUUAUCAGGCCUUCAUCAGUACCAAUUCAUUGAUGAACCGAAGACCUGGAGUGAAGCCCAACAGUACUGCAGAGAAAAGUUCACUGACCUGGCUACUGUGGACAACAUGGAAGACGUGGCUCAACUGAUUGCAGCUGCUGGCAGUGGCUACAGUGGAAAAGUAUGGAUUGGCCUGUAUGACAAUUCUAGCAGCUGGGCGUGGUCGAUGACAGAUGAUGGCUACUACAGAACCAACAAUCAGCCCUUUUUCAAGUGGGGCACUGGUGGACCAAAUCAACGCAGAUAUGAGUGGAAGGUGUGCGCUGUUGUAUUCAGAGAUCUAAUGUAUGAAAUUGGAUUUUUAAAACUGUUGGUCAGAAUAAAUUACUUUUGUGUGCAAAUUAGUCUCACUGAACUUUCAAAAUUCUUGCCAGCUUCUUCUCCUCCAAGAUAUGUCUUUAAGGCCUGGAGGAACCUGACGUGGGAGGAAGCUCAGAGCUACUGUAGGAAGUUCCACACAGACCUGGCCUCCAUCAGGAAUGAAGAAGAGAUGACACUGGUCCAGAAGGCCAUAUCAGGAAAUGAC